GGGUGCCGAGAUUCUCCAAGAAGUCUCCUAUCCUACGCAGUAGCUUCCACGACAUCUGAUGGUAUUCACGACUGAUCCUCCCUUCCCGUUCAGCUUCGCAAUCCACCCAAUGCGUCAGCAUGGAAAUGGUAGCGAAUCUCGAAGCAGAGCUGUACCGGUUGCGGAGAGACCGACGCUUGCUGUUGGCGAACCUCCUAACAUCGUUGGCGGCGAAGGGCUGGUCAGAAUCGGACUUGGACAGGAUCAACGUGGAUUACAUCCUCUGGUGCGCCACGUCAGGAACACGCGUGGACAUUGAAGCAGCCAUAACAGCCCAACCAACCCUCACUACGAGGGGUGAGGCAGAUUUCGUCACAGCAUCCACCGUCAUUCUCUCCUCCAAAGAGCCGUCCGGCCCUCCGCCUGCUCGCCUCGCUCCUGCGUUCCCAGUCCCCUCGCGCACAGUCCCUGAGUUCCCUGCGCCUCCUCGCCUCCCCCCUGAACCCCAACAUUCCCGCCAAGUCUCCGAAUUUUCUUCUGCUGCAUGCGCUCCUGCUGCCCCUCCUGCUCCUGCCGCUCCUUCGGCUCCUGCUGCUACGGCCGCUCCUGCUGCUCCUUCGCUCCGUGCUGCUGUGCCUGGAGCCGCUUCAGAUCAUGGCUCCAACCGAUUCACUGCUGCAGCAGGCGCAGGAGGAGCAGCAGCAGCAGCAGCAACAAGAGGCGGAGCAACAGUGGGUGGUUGGGGUGCAACACGAGCACAAGCACCCACUCUGAAAGAAACAGAGGCGAUCUUAGCCCCACCUCGGCCACUCUUCCCCCCCUCUCCUCCAGCCCUACACCAGACCCUGGAUUCGCCUCCCCCGCGCAAGCCUAAGCCGCAGCAACUAGCCAAGCAGCUGUUUGCCUCACCGUCUGCUGCCUCCCCUGAAGGCUACUCCACCGGGAGCGAUGGGUCGAAGGGAACGCCAGACGCAGCAGCAGCAGCAGGAGCAGCAGCUGGAGCAGAAGCAGGAGCAGAAGCUGGCUGGGAAGCACCAGCAGGAGCAGCUGUUUGGGGAGGCCAGCCUUCCCCAGGCGCUGUGGGUGCUAUGGGUGAUGCGUCUGCCCAGCCGCCUUCCGGGGCACGAUCGGCUGCAGCCGCAGCUGCUAUGGCUGCACUUGGUGCGGCCACCUUUGGUGCUGCAGGCACUCCCCAUGGGCAGUCCCAAACUCCUCAUGCACCGACCCCAUCACCCCAUCGAUACGGCUCGGAUAGUGUAGCCAGCAGUGGAGCGGGAGGGGACCGCGCUUCUGUAGCCAGCAAAGGUGGUGGGGGCAGCGCUGGUAGCGUUUCUGUAGCCAGCAGCGGACACGGAUUCGGUAAUGCAACCAAUUCUGGUGAACGGAUAGGUGGUGGUAGUGCUGCUGCUGCUGCUGGCGCUGCAAGUGCCGCUGGUGGUGCGUGGAGUGUUGCUGGUGGUGGUGGUGAUCAGGCCGGCGUUGCUAGUAACAGAAGUGCUGCAAGGACGGGAGCUUCAGCUGGGGGUGGUUACAAUACGGGUUACAAUGCAACACCAGCUACAGUAGAGUCUGGAAGAGGGGCAGCAGCAAGUGGGCUGGCAUCAGGAGGAGGGGUUGCAGCAGCAGGGUCUAGAGCAGGGGCAGCAUCAAAGGCUUCUAAUGCCCCUCCGUCCGCCACCCCUGCUGCUGCUGCUGCUGCUGCAGCACGAGCUUCUGUAGCAGAAGCUUCUGUAGCAGAGGUUACUCCCCCCGUCCCAACCAAGCUAGAUUUCCAAUCUCCUUUUGGUGGUUCAGGAGGCCAGAAGAGUGAGAGAGGAAGAGCUGAGGUGUCUGGGGGAAAGGGAGGCGCCUUGGGUUUUGCCUGGAGAUCUGGUGGGACGGAUAAGAAGCUGCCACCUGGCACCGAUGUGGAGGGUUUGGAUGAUGAUGACGAUGACAGUGAUGACGUGGCGUCUUCUGAUUCGUCCUCGUGUUCAGAUUCGUCUGAGAUGUCUUCCACGCUUGUGGCUGGGGGCACUGACGAUGGUGGCGUGGACCAAUUGGACGCUGCCAGCUCAGCAGGGCGUCUGAAGUGGCCGUUGCGCCAGGUGGCUUCUGGCCUGACUAUGGAGGAGCUUCAAGCAAGCGCCUACGAAGUGAUGCUACUGGCUGCUGCUGAAUCGGGGUCCAUAUCUGCUCCAAGCUCUUCCAGCACCGGCACCAGCAGCAGCAAGACUAGCCGAAGGGCGGCAGGCAGGCCCGAGUCUCCUGUGGAGCCCAAGUCCAAGUCCCCUGGGGGGUUCAUGUCCCGCUUUGCCAAGAAAGUCGGGCUCAAAGGAGGCAAACCUGCUGAUGCUGCUGGUGCUGCUGGUGGUGGUGCUGGUGGGAGUGGAGAGAAAAGGGGUGGGAAUGGGAAUGGAGGGGAGGGAGGAGGAGCUUUGCCUCCUGAGCUGAUUCGCAUGCGGCAGCAACUAGGGGUACCCGAGUCUCUCCACUUGCUCCUCCUCUCGGCAGUCUUCCUCCCCCCCCCGUCCCACACAGUCGAGAUGCCAUCCCCCAUCAGUCCUCUUGCCGGUGCAGCAGCAGUGGCAGCAGCAGCCGCCAUCCCUCCCCUCCCUCUCCCGCUCUGCCUCCUCCUCCACCUCUCCCCCAUCCCCUCCUCCCUCUCCUCCUCCUUCUCCCCGGGUGUUGGCACUCUGAAGUCCGCAGCUUCUUCUCUUGCUGCUUCGUUCGCCUCAUUGUCUCCAGACGUGCGCAGAGCGUUCUACCUCAGACAGGUGAAGCUGCUCCAGGAACUGCUGCUGGAUCUGACAGGCACAGCAAAGAACCAGGGUGCAGAGAAGGGAGGAGAAAGAGGAGGGGUAGGGGAGGGAGACGAGUGUGCUGAGGUGGCAGCCUCUUUGGACGCCAUGCUGGCACUUGUCAAGGGCCACGAGUUCAUCACCUCGCCCCCAUCCUUCGAGGCCAAGUGGAGCCGGAAGCUGAGCGAGCUGCGCUGGCUGCUGGUGGGGGGAUUCGCCUGGGGCGGCAGGAGAGGGAACGCAGCAGCAUUGGCUGCAGCAGCAAGCAGCAGCAACGCCAGCCAUGGCAAGCAGCUGCCCGUGCUGCCUGGUGCCUGGUGCCCCUCUAGGGCGAGCUUGAAUGCUUCGCUUUACCAUCGGCUGCUGUCUGCGUGCUGUGAUCCCUCGGACUCAGCCUCCUUCAACGACCUCCUCUUUGAGAUGGAGGAGAGAGUGGAGGCCCUCAGAUCCACGUGGCAGCCUCUGGGAGUGACACCUGUCACACACAGUGCCCUGCAAGCGUGGACUCUCUGCCACAAGGCCUCAGCUCCCACUCUCCCUCACCCACCACGCGCACCACUGUCACCAUCACCAUUAACGGCUCAGCAGCAGCAGCUUCUGCCAAUCAGAGCAGUGAUUCCUCUCAUCUGCCAAUCACUGCGCCGCCUGCCACCUACUGCCUGUGCACGACCACCAUCAUCAUCAACAGCAGCAGAAACAGCACCAGCCGCAGCAGCAGAUGGCAAAGAGGAGCCUUCAGCGAAGGUUCCGCUUCGGCCGUUUGUGCAGUCAGUGUCUCGAUUCCUGUCGUCGCUCUUGAGUGACUACCACCACACCCUGCUGGAGGCUUCCAGUGCCAGUGGCAGUGCCAUGAGCGCGGAUGGGCUGGCAGCACUGGAGUCGGCCCUGGACUCGUACCUCUGUUGUUGUGAUCUUCUGGAGGCAGGCAGGAAGAGAAACAGCCACAGACACACGGCCCCAGGGGGAGCACCAAGUGUGGAGCGAGUGGAGGAAGUACUCGAGUUUGUGCACAUGUCAGUGCUCUCCUCCUUCGACCGCGCCUGCCUCGAUGCCAUGGCAGCGGCUCAAGCCCAGCAGCACGCACAGGACGAGCGCGCAGGAUCUACCUCCCCUUCCUCCUCCCUUUCCCCCACUAAUCGACCCAACGCCCACAAUCCCACAAGUGCCACGAGCAGAGACUUCAGAUCAUCAGGUUCUAGUGGCGAGGUGGGGUUGGCUCAAAUGGCUGAGCUGGCGAGUGUGAUCAUAGAGAGGGAAGCUGGGGGUAUGGGGGGGAGGGGAGACGGGCGAGCAGGAAAGGGAGGAGGAAGAGGAGGGGGAGGGGGAGGAGAGGGAGGGACGCCAAAGGGUGGGUGCUGUGCGGUGUUUCAGAGGCUGGGGGUGUUUGGCACAGCGGCAGUGGCAGCAGCAGCCCUGCACCAACAGCUGGACUCACAGCUAGAUCCCUUCCUAUCAGUGGUAUCAGAGCUACACCCCGACUGCUGCAAGGUGUUCUCUGCGGUGGAUGCCUUUGACAGGCGCGUGCAGCAGGUGGUGCAGCUAGAGGUGCGGGCGGAGGAGGAGAGGGCAGCAGUAGGAGGAGAGGGAGAGCGGCACGGGGGAUACGGCCAUGCUGCACAAAUUGCCAGCGAGCUGAACGCUUAUCAGAUCGACCCUGUGAUGAAGCGGCUGUUCUCAGCGUGGGUGUCGUCGCAGCAGCAGAAGCUGCAUGUGUGGUUGGAGAGGGGCGUAGAGGCGGAGACAUUCGAGCCUGCUUCAGAUUCUCUCAAGCACUGUGCAUCCGCAGUGGAUGCCGUGCGACUGGUGGAGGAGGUUCUGGAGCAGUUCUUCCGUCUGGGCCUUCCCCCCCGCCUCCCCAUGCUGCAGCAGAUGGUUCACAGCAGCGAUACGCUCAUGGCGUCGUAUGUGGCAAAGAUCUCCUCAGUGGGCCCCAGGGACGACCUUAAAGUCCCCCCUCCCCCCCUCACGCGCUUCAAAGAGGAUGUGGCUCAGAAGUUAGCCGACAAGGCAGAGAGGAGGGCGGAGAGGGAGGAGAGGGUGCAGAAGGGGAGGGCGGGGUACCUGGAGGGUCUGUGGCAUGCGAGAAAAGGGGUGGGAGGAGGGGGAGGGGGAGGGGGAGGGGGAGGGAAGGUGGGGGUUCGGGCGGUGGAUGCUGUGAAGGCUGCUGCGAUUGACGCGCUGACUGUGGGGAAGCUGUGCGUGCGGAUAAACACUCUGGAGUUUAUCACAGCAGAGCUCGAUAAGUCCGAGAAGGCUCUCUGUGAGCGUUGGGACGAGUAUGCUCCGCACCUCAAGAUCGAUGACAUGGCAGGCUUAGCUCCGUCUCAGGUGACCUCCUCCCUAGCCUUCCGCAUGUCUACGGAGGGCAUUGCUGGGCUGAAGAGGGGAAGCUUCUUCGAGCAGACCAACUCCCUGACAGCGCAACGCAUGCAGACCCUGUCGGACUAUCUUGGCACCAAGGUGGUGUGGUGGGACCUGAGGGAGGCGUUUCUGGAGGAGCUGUACCGUGUGAGUGUGGACUCUUGCCGCAUGAGCCACCUCAUGCAGAGACUCGACCCAGUGUUGGGGGAGAUAGUGGAGACCGUAUCCGACUCUCUAAGGGACCAUGUUGUCACAUCUCUCCUGCACUCUGUUCUGGAGGGACUGCUGCGAGUGCUUCUAGAUGGUGGCCCCCUGAGGGUGUUCGCCCAGUCAGACUAUGAUGCUCUGGAGGAUGACCUCCGCAUACUCAAGGAGUUCUUUGUGGCGAGUGGCAAUGGUUUGCCUCAGGAGGUGGUGAACAAGGCAGCGGCUCAGGUGCAGCAAGUGCUCAACUACUACUCGCUCGAUACUGCUGACGUCAUCCUGGUUUACAAACAAUCAGCGGGAUCCAGUCAAGCUCCAGGUGGAGCCUUCCGGGCGUCUUCAUAUGUGAAAGGCGGUGCUGGGCUCACUGGUCACGAUGCACAUUUGCUCCUGCGUGUGCUCUGCCAUAGGGCAGAUCGGGAUGCUUCGAAGUUCCUCAAGAAGAACAUGCACUUGCCGAAGUCAUAUUAGAUGUUAAAAUAGGGUACAUUGCCAGGCAAGGCCUGUAGGAAUGGAGAGAUCUAGUCUCCAUGUGUAGGCGAUCCGAAUGUAGGGUGUAGUAGAAUCCUGGUAGGAGCUGUACGUGAUAGAUGUUCUAUGUAUGGGUAAGCUUAGUGUCUUGUAACGAAUCUGAUAGUGGUGCAUGUGUGCGGCACUAU